GGUGUCUACCCCUUGUGCUUCCGCAUCAGUUGCCUCUCAUCCCUGUUCCACUCCAGAUUCAUCCCAAGGAACAAUGAAGCACGUGGAAUCCGCUUCACCUGAAAGACCUCUGCUAGAUGAGCGCACAUGCUCUCUACAUCCUCCUCUGUCGCUCCUGCCACCAAUAUGUCAUCGACAUAUAGGAGUAGGAACACCUUCUCCUUCCCUUCUCCUCUUCAAUAGAACGCCCUGUCACACUCGCUCUUCCGAAACCCUCCUUGGAGUAGCCUCCUACCCAUAACCCUAUACCACUCCCGAGGACUCUGCUUCAGCCCAUAAAGAGUUUUCAGAAGCCGACACUUCCGUCCUGUUCCAUCAUCUCUACCCGACGGCUGCUCCAUGUAAAUGUCCUCGUGAAGCUCGCCAUAUAAGAAGGCAUUCUUGACGUCUAAUUGCACCAGAUGAAGAUCUCUUGCUGCUAUCACUGCAAGAAGUGCCAUAGUUAUGGUAAAUCUACUCACAGGCGUAUAGGUAUCUGUGUAAUCGACGCCUUCUACCUGCGUGUACCCUUUCGCUACGAGCCUUGCCUUGAACCUUUCCAGCUGCCCCAAGUCUCCUGUCUUUAUCUUGAAGAUCCACUUCACCCCCACUGCUUUCCUCCCUUCUGGCAGUGGCACUAGCUCCCAGGUUCCCCUCUCUGCUAGCGUAUUAAGCUCUUCUUCUAUGGCUGCUUGCCACUGUUCCUUGUUCGGUCCUGUCAAAGCCUCCUCUAUCGUGAGCGGCUCCUCUGGCAGAUCCUUUGCCGCUCUACUCCCAUGUGAUACUAAGGCUGUUGCGGUGGUAGUGAGCAGUAGAUGGGAAUGAAUGUCUCUGCAUCCAGUUAUGAGAAUCUGUGCAUACUUUGGAUUCGGCUUCUUCACCCUCUUCCCCCUGCCUAACUCCUCCGUAGGCACCUAUGACGUAUCCCCUCAUUCGCUAGAGGCUGCUCCUUCCUGCUCCUCUCUCUCCUCCUCUUCUUGUCCUAGGACUAUCUCUCCUUGUAGCAAAGAGUCUAUCUGCUUAGCUGCUGGACUGCCACUAGCACUCGCCAUCAACCUCCAUGGAUCAUUCCCUUCUCCAGCUGUAGUAUUACUCCCUUGUGUGCCCUCUGCUCCUUCAGCUGACUCUCCUCUUCCUCAUGGUGUCCUGCCCUGCUCUCUACCUCCUCCUGUACGGGCUGCAUGGCUAGUCUUGCUAGCUCUUCGCUCGCUACCCUCUGCUCUACCUCCUUCGGGUGCCACUCCCAUUCCAUCUCAGCCCCAAUCUGCUCUUCCUCGGUCUCCUCCUCGCUACUUGCUGUUGCUGUUCCUAAUCCUUCCUAGUUAGCCUCCUCCAGCAGUUCCUCCAUUGUUUUUGCUGCCUUUGCUGACUCUUGGCUCAAGCCUUUCCACUAGGGAUAAGUGACAUCCUCAUAGAAAGUAGUAUCCCGAGUAAUCAGCACCUUCCCAGUCUCCACGUCCUUCACCACCCAGCCCUUACUGUUAAGACAUAUCCCGAGGUUUAUGCCCCACCUGGUCCUUGGCAACAGCUUGUGCUCAGGACCAACCAGCUCUUGAUAUUGGACCAUACAGCCCCAUACCCUGAAUGUGAGGAAAUACCUACUCCCAUGCCUGGAAGCUACUCGCAGUGGUCCACAGACAUCUGCAGCCACGACUUCGAGUGCCCCAUAGGGUUCUCGAACCUCGUGCUUAGGAUGUGGAAGUUUGCUCACUUUCCCUUGCACACACUCACUGCAUGGCUUAGCAGACCCCUUACUCUGGUUCAGCUUCAUCCCCAUAACUAUCUCCUUCGCCACCAUCUCCUUAAGCUGCUCCUCACUAGCAUGACCCAUCCUCAUGUGCCACAUGCCUAGCUCCACUCCUCCUGCUGCCUUUGCCAUAGCCAUUGAAUGUAACUGUGGCUCUCCCACUGGCCUCUCCUCUAUCAUGGCAACCAGCUCCUCCCUAGCCUUCUUGCCCUCCUCAGGCUCGGGCAGAUAGCUAACUAUUCCUUUCACCAACCCCUUCACUUGUAACCGCAUCUCGUACAAACCCUGACUGCGCACCCCCCCAGCUAGAAUGUGCCAAUCCGUUCCAAAGACCCACAUCUUUCCCUCAUCACUGAAGAACUUGCUUCCUGUGCUAUCGAGCUGAGACUGGCUAAUCAGGUUUAGCGACAGCUUCUCGACCAGCAAAACGUUCUCAAGGAUCAGCUCCCCGUACGGACUCUGUAGCACGAUCUCUCCUUCUCCCAAUACCGGCAGCCUCCCCUCAUCUCCUAGCAGCACAUAGGGUACUGCUGACUAUCUGAAACUAGUCAACCAGUCACCUCUGUAGGUCAUGUGCUGUGUCCACCCACUAUCCAUGAACCAGCCUUUCUCCUCAAGCCCCUUUGUGAGCAAGCAUACCUCUGAUGCCCUAGCCAAGUUCGCUCUAUGUGCUCCUCCAAGAAUAGCAUCGUCCUCCGCUAACGAGCCUACUGCAUUUACUCUAGCUGCUGCGGGUUUCUGUUGCACUCGUACCCCUUGGAAGCGUUGACUCCUAGGGUUGAGAAAAGAAUCUACCGCCUUAUGCCCAUACCGCCCGCAGUGAUUGCAGCUGCCCAUGAAACCUCCUGCUGUCCUCGCCUUUUCUCCUGCUGCCCUGUCCGCACCCUGCUCCUUCCCUAAGGUCUUUCCCCCUGAAAUUCUUACUCUUAGGGUUGAAAUAGCACUCGGCUGCCUUAUGCCCAUUUCUACCGCACUCAAAACAUGGUCCAAAGCCCUUUGUUGUAGGCCCUGUCACAUUAACUAGAGCUGGUUUCACUGGUGCAGCACUACUAGCGGUUGCCUCCUUCCUCUUCCUCUCCGUCUUAACCAGCUCUAGCGAUUGCAACAUCUCUACAAGCUUUGUGAGUGAUGAAGGUGGGUUGCAAUUCAGCAUGCCUAUCUCCAUCUCCCACUCCUUUGGUAGCCCAUUAAUGAUAUACCCUAUAAUCUCUCCGCGCCUUGUUCACGAACUCCGUUGGCUGACUUUAUUGCUCACAGUCUUAGGUGAGCGGCCUAGCUCUGCCCCGGUCCUGUAUGAUGACAACAAGGCCAUGAUCCUCUUGUGUCAGGAGUGCAGACUCGAGGGCAGAGCACAGCACAUCCAGCUACGGUACUUCCUCCUGCGCGAGCUACAGCAGCGUCGCCAGGCCCGCGUAUUACACUUGGCCUCUGGUGCCAACACGGCUGAUAUCUUUACGAAGGCGCUUGCGCCCAAAGAUCAUUAGCGGCACUGGGUACAGCUUGGUCUCGUUCCUGUAGCACCUCAUUUGCUAGGAUCUUGAUUGUGUAUAACUCUUUAUAUAUUAUCCUGAGUGGCCUUGUGGCUUUCUCCCUGUGGUUGGAAUAGUAGUGCCGCCCUGGUCUUGUUCUUGCCUUGUUUGUACUCUUUUGACUGGUCUUUAGACCCCUGCCUCAGAGGUUGGACUAGUAGUGCCGUCCUGAGCUGCUUGUCUCUCAUUAGGCUCUGCCCCUAUCUAGUCUAGGGGGUGUGUCAAACAUAUGUGUGUAUGUUUAGUAGACUACAUAGGGUCAUGCCAUAGGGAGUACAACCCACUAGCUAUAUACCCCUGUAUACUCCCAUUCUACCCAAUAAUUAUAACGCUAAGAC